UCCCGCCCUCUGCUUUUCCCUUUCCGCUGUUGGAACGUUAACGUGCCUAAGGUGCUUGGUUCUUCAUCCGAAGCUAAGGCCUCUAAUCCGGCGACUAGUACCCUCAAAUUUAGGCAUCCAAAUCUAUUGAUUGAAAAUCCAACAUCAACAAUGGCAUCUGUGUCCGAGCUCGCCUGUAUUUACUCCGCUCUCAUCCUCCACGACGAUGAAGUGACCGUCACCGAGGACAAGUUGAACGCUCUGAUCAAGGCUGCUGGAGUCACCGUGGAGCCUUUCUGGCCAAGUCUGUUUGCCAAGGCUUUGUCCAGCGUUGAUAUCGGUAGCCUGAUCUGCAACGUUGGAGCUGGAGGAGGCGCUCCUGCUGGGGCUCCUGCCGCUGCAGCAGCUGCUGAUGCCCCAGCUAAAGAGGAGGAGAAAAAGGAAGAGAAGAAGGAAGAGUCCGAGGAGUCAGACGACGACAUGGGAUUUGGUCUCUUUGAUUAAAAUGUUUUUCUAAAAACACAAUAAAAAUGUGAAAAAGAA